UUGUUCAACCUCAUAUUUAUUAUCUCUCCUUUUAAUUCUUUGCAUCAACUUCAUUAAUGAUUGAUUAGGUGGUUUAUACACAGUACAAUUAUUGCAACAGGAAAACACAUAGAAGGUGUUGUGUUCUUGCAACGUUCUGGAUCCGACAUUGCCCUUGUCGGACCCACGUACACAUGUCCUUCCUUCUCCCUUGGCCUUGAGUUCCUCAUUGUUUGUCCUUAUUGCACGGAGAGGAAGACCAUACCCCACCCAACAGAUCUCUCAUAGAACAGAUUUUGAGUUUUGUCAUUCUUACAAAGACAAUUCUGAGGCUUUGAAACUGGUAUUCCUAAUUCCUAACAAUAUACAAUGGGGGGUUGCGUGUCAGUACCUUCUAAUGCAAUAAAAGCACCAAGGAAGAUCCGUAGACGGAUAACAAAACCUCGUCUAAAGUUCUCAAAUUCUCUUCCUGGUGAGAUCAUCAAGAAGAGGAAUAGCAAUGCAGGGGCACGUGUAACAGAUUAUUCUGUAAGUGAGGUUGUUCGUAUGAACUUUGAAAAUGGUGCAACUACUACUUGCAGGCGCUCGGAAGUUUCUAAUUCAGCAUUCCAUCUUACUCAGCUUCAAUGGCACCACAGUCAAUAUGAUGCUGAUGCAAACUUAGUGAGUCAAGAAGAAACUUAUUUUGACUCAGUCAGUAUUCUGGAAUCUGAUUCAGAUGACGAAUUCAAUAGUGUUCAUGGAGAUUUAUAUGCAGAUGGUUUUCCAAUAGUAGGCAGCACAGUUGGAAACAUCCCAUGUGGUCAAGUGCUCCAGUAUGGAAGAUCGACAUGUUUUACGGAUAACAGGUGUCAGUAUGAAGAAUAUCAUGAAAGUUAUGUUAAAGUUGAUGGAGGCAACCAAGACAGCUUAAAGGGAAAAGAUGAAAGUGGUUUUGCCCUUAUUAGUACACAAGGUGUUGGAAUGUCUUGCUUAGGCAAGUCUCAGGGAAGCUUCAAAGGUAUUAAAGAAUAUAAACAUGGUUUGGAAGAGAAACCACAAGAGAAUGCACGGAAAUCAGGCCUUCUUCGGUUGGCACCCUCCGUUAGUUUCAAUGACAAAACACCGAAUCGGCCAAGCAAACGGCUGUCACAGAUUUUCAGGCUUUCUUUCAAACGAAGAUCUUGUGACAUAGAGGAUGCAAAUGAACUUAGUCAAUCAAAAAGAUAUUUGAUUCGACCCAGAGCAGGGCAUACAAUUCCAUGUCAGAAUGGAGAAAAGCCAUCUCAUGGAUGUUGGUCUGAAAUUCCUCCCUCAACAUUUCAACUCCGUGGUGAAAACUAUUUCAAAGACAAGCACAAGUCUCCUGCACCGAAUCAUAGUCCAUACAUUCCAAUUGGUGUUGAUCUAUUUGUCUGUCGAAGAAAGAUACAUCAUAUUGCCAGACAUCUUGAGCUUCCAAAUGUGAAAGCCAAUGGGAAAAUUCCCCAACUUCUUAUUGUAAAUAUCCAGUUGCCUACAUAUCCAGUAGCAAUGUUCCUUGGUGAUAGUGAUGGAGAAGGGAUGAGUCUUGUACUGUAUUUCAAAGUUUCAGAGACUCUUGAUGAACACAUUUCUUCCCAGUUCCAGGAAAGCAUUAUGAAAUUAGUUGAGGACGAGACUGAAAAGGUCAAAGGAUUUGCAAAAGAAUCAAGUGUUGCUUUUAGAGAAAGGCUAAAGAUCAUGGUAGGACUCAUCAAUCCUGAGGAUAUGCGCUUGAGUUCUGCUGAAAAGAAACUAGUAAAUGCUUAUAAUGGAAAACCCGUACUGUCGCGCCCACAGCACAACUUUUACAAGGGUCCUAAUUACUUUGAGAUUGAUUUGGACAUUCAUCGAUUUAGCUACAUAUCAAGAAAAGGACUUGAUGCAUUUCGAGAUCGUUUGAAAGAUGGCAUUCUUGAUCUAGGCCUAACCAUUCAGGCACAGAAACAAGAAGAGCUUCCGGAGAAAGUAUUGUGCUGCCUUAGAUUGAACAAGAUUGAUCUUAAUGACAAUGGUCAAAUGCCCAUGCUAAUGACCGUUGAUGGUGAAUGCUAAGGGUUUUCAGUUAAUUGGAGGGAAUAGCAUUCAACAAUAGAAACAAAUAUAUGUAUGUAUUAGUUACCUUUGUAUAAAGUGGGAGUUAAGGUGUUUAAAUUGGAUGCAACUUCUGCAGUCAUGUAUUUCUGUUCAAAUGUACAUUCGGAGGAAAAGAAAUUCAGAGGAUGAUUAACAUGUAUUACUAAAUGACAUGAAAGGCAGAAGUGUUUAUUUAUUAA